AUGGAGUUUGCAACAGGUUUUCUGGAAGCUGUGAGUGCCUCCAAGGUUAUUAUGGACAAAGCUGUGAGCAUGGCAACAUGCCCACCUGGUUUUUAUGGCUUGAAUUGUGCUCACAUCUGUCACUGCAAAAAUGGAGGCAGCUGUGAUACAAGAAGUGGACAAUGCAUUUGCCCACCAGGUUUUCAUGGCAGCCAGUGUGAAAAAGAGUGUCUGCUGGGAAUGUUUGGAGAUGACUGCCAUCAAGUUUGUGACUGUGAAGGAGAAAGUUACUGCCACCCAGUAACUGGAAAAUGCUUCUGUCCACCAGGGAGAACUGGAGCUCGAUGUGAAGCUGAAUGCAAGCCAGGCCAGUAUGGAUGGAACUGUGCUCUGAAGUGCCAGUGUGCUCGGGGAGCUCCCUGCAACCCUCUCAACGGGAGCUGUGCUUGCCCCGCAAGGAGGAUGGGUCCAACCUGCGAGGAAAAUGGUUUGGACCAUCCUCAAUAACCAAAUACCAGAAGAUUUUCUGCUGGCCAAUAGACUUUUGUUGAAGUUCACCCAUAGUUUAUCAUCUAAACUUGGCAGAGAAUUGUACUUUCUCAACCCCUCUCUGCCCAGCCUUGCCUGUUAUAAGGGGAAAACAGGAAGUCUCCAGUUUAUCACUUCCACUCAUUAGUCUAAUCUCUAGCCUAGCUUCCCAACUUCCCUUUGCUGAAGAACAUACCCAAGAAUAAGAGAAUGUUUUUUCAGGAUCCGAACCAUAGUAACAUUUGGACUAAUAAAAGAACCUCUUUUUUUUCAUGUGCACAGGAGGUAUUUAAAUUUGGAAGGAAGAACUGCUUUUCAGUUCAGGUUGGACUGCACUGAAAUAUUCACACCUAUUCAGUGAAGACCUCAGUGGCCAUUAAGGAGCUGGAUCCUCUUUAGAAAUGUCUAGAAUUUCAUCUAUUUAUUCUGGGGAUCCUGCUUCACAGCUAACUGUGCUUCGGAUUGCUAAUGUAUUGUAUUUCAAACAUGACUCCUGGUGUGGGAGACUAUUAAGAUUCUAGCCACAAAAAGAUCAGGAUAAAAGUAUGACAUGCACAUUUACAGUGAAUCAUCAAAAUGUUUAGUGCUGUUUUUCCUGUCACUGGCCAGGAGGCAGGAAAAAAGUGGGUAGAAGUGAUUGCGGCCAGUGCUUAGCCUACUCUGGGAGACGCAAAUUUCCCACAAAUUAGGACCAGAUUGAAUUUAGACUUUUAAUCCAGAUUGGUAAUCUAGACUCAAAUUGCUCAUCAUUUAGGAUAAAUUUACAGCCACACUUGUAAGUAUAAGGUGGACCCUGUGAUAAGCCCAAGAGAGACACAAUGAUAAAUACAAUUUUAUUUUUUUUCUCAAAUAUUUUAUAAAGUUUUACAUUUUUCAGACUGAUGGCUAAUUUACAUUAGCAAAGAAUAACUUUCUUUUUGGAAAUGCUACUCAGGUUACCCAUUUCUUAUGCUUUUUCAGAAACAGAAAAUAGUAAAAGUACAUGACUAAAUGUUACUUAUACAAAAUGAGUAGAGAGUCUUUUAAAUCAAAACAGAUGAAGGAUUGAUGAAAAAAAUAUUUAGUGCUAUCAAGUCAAUACAGUUGCUAAUCUUUACUUAAACUUUAUCUUCCUCUAUUUCAUCAUUCUUACAUGGGAAGCCAUGCCAAAAUUAAUGUCAUUGAGUGAAAUAAAAGAUUUAAUGAGAGCAUUUCCUCAGAGAUUCUUUAUAAAUAAUUUAGCUUAGUCUUAAAAGAGAUACAAUUUCUUUUUAUUUUUCUUCAGUAUUUAGAAUUAAA